AUGGCGACGGGAGGCCGCGGGCCUGCGGUGGCGAUGGCCGCUGGGUCCACCCUGUCGGCUGCGAGUGUGACUCUGUUCCUCUUGGUGGUCCUCCCUCGCGUCUCACAAGCUCAGACCUUCUUUUUCCCUUUCCGGCAGCCAGAGACGUGCGGCCACAACCAGUACUUCGAUAUCUCGGCGCUCUCCUGUGUGGCGUGUGGCGCCAAUCAGAGGCAGGAUGCCCGAGGAACUUCAUGUGUGUGUUCACCAGGAUUUCAGAUGAUUUCUAACAACGGAGGACCUGAUAUUACUUGUAAAAAGUGCCCAGAACACAUGAAAGGUGUUACUGAAGAUGGCUGGAACUGUAUUUCUUGCCCUGGUGGUUUAACUGCAGAAGGAAAAUGCCACUGCCCCACUGGCCAUAUUUUAGUGGAAAGAAAUGUUAAUGGAACAUUGUUGUCUCAAGCAACUUGUGAGCUCUGUGAUGAAAGUGAAAACUCUUUUACAGUAGCAAAUGCUUUAGGAAACAGGUGUGUCCGAUGUGAACCAACAUUCAUUAAUACCAGCAGGUCCUGUGCAUGUUCAGAACCUAACAUUUUAACAGGGGGCUUGUGUUUCAGCAGCACAGGGAAUUUUCCUCUACGUAUGAUUUCAACUGCACGUUAUGGAGAGCUAGGCAUAUCUUUCACUUCAGAAUGGUUUGCAAAGUAUUUGCAGUCAUCAGCAGCUGCUUGUUGGGUGUAUGGCAAUCUAACAUCUUGCCAAGCUCUUGGAAAUAUGUGUGUAAUGAACAUGAAUUAUUAUGACUCCUCUACUUUUGAUGCAUGUGGAUUGUUUCAGGUUAUCUUUGAAAAUACUGCUGCACUGGGCACUGUUCAUUCUGUUUCCUUUUGGAGACAGAAUCUUCCGUGGCUGUUCUAUGGAGACCAGCUAGGAUUAGCACCUCAAAUACUUAGUACUACACCUCUUCCUACAAAUUUCAGUUUUAAAGGGGAAAACCAGAAUACAAAACUGAAGUUUGUUGCUGCUUCCUAUGAUGUGAGAGGAAAUUUUCUCAAGUGGCAAACUUUAGAAGGAGGGAUUUUACAGCUUUGUCCAGACACAGAGACGAGACUAAAUGCUGCUUAUUCCUUUGGAACAACUUAUCAACAAAGUUGUGAGAUUCCUAUCCCUAAGAUCUUAACUGACUUUCCCACUCCUACAUUUUAUGAUGUGUACCUUGAAUAUACUGAUGAGAAUCAACACCAAUACAUUUGGGCUGUGCCUGUGUUAAACUUAAAUCUUCAGCACAAGAAAAUGUUUGUGAACCAAGACAGUAGUUCGGGCAAGUGGCUUCUGACUCGGCGCAUUUUCUUAGUGGAUACACUAAGUGGACGGGAAAAUGACUUAGGAAGCCAGCCAAGAUUAAUUAGAGUCGCCACCCAAAUAUCACUGAGCAUCCACCUUGUACCCAACACAAAAAAUGGAAACAUUUACCCUCCCUUAAUUACCAUUGCCUACAGUGACGUCGAUAUCAAAGAUCCCAACAGCCAGUCUGUGAAGGUUUCUUUCUCAGUCACAUACGAAAUGGAUCAAAAAGAAGCACAUGUCCAGACAGAUAUUGCUUUAGGUGUGUUGGGUGGACUAGCUGUUUUAUCAUCUCUUUUGAAGACAGCAGGUUGGAAGAGACGCAUUGGAAGUCCCAUGAUUGAUUUACAGACAGUUAUGAAAUUCUUGGUUUACUAUGCUGGUGAUCUGGCCAAUGUUUUCUUUAUCAUCACUGUAGGAACAGGUCUUUACUGGCUUAUUUUCUUUAAAGCACAGAAGUCUGUCUCUGUUUUGCUACCAGUGCCAGCUCAAGAAGAAUGCUUUGUUACUUAUGUGGGAUGUGGUUUUGCUCUGAAAGCUCUGCAAUUUUUGCAUAAGCUCAUCUCCCAGAUUACCAUAGACAUAUUCUUUAUUGAUUGGGAGCGGCCUAAAGGGAAGGUUCUUAAAGCUGUUGAAGGUGAGGGUGGUGUCCGGAGUGCUACUGUUCCUGUAAGCAUAUGGAGAACUUAUUUUGUGGCAAAUGAAUGGAAUGAAAUUCAGACUGUGAGAAAAAUUAACCCACUCUUUCAAGUACUUACUGUCCUCUUCCUUUUGGAGGUUGUGGGAUUCAAGAACUUAGCAUUAAUGGACUCAUCCUCUAGUCUUUCCAGAAGCCCACCUAGCUACAUAGCUCCUUACAGCCGCAUUUUGAGAUAUGCGGUGUCUUCUGCUCUUUGGCUGGUCAUUGGAAUUAUACAGGUUGUGUUCUUUGGUGUCUUCUAUGAGAGAUUUAUAGAAGAUAAAAUUCGACAGUUUGUUGAUUUGUGCUGUAUGAGUAACAUAUCAGUGCUUCUGUUAUCCCACAGAUGUUUUGGCUACUACAUCCAUGGUAGAUCAGUACAUGGGCAUGCUGAUACUAAUAUGGAAGAAAUGAAUAGGAAUCUUAAAAGAGAAGCGGAAAAUUUAUGUAGCCAAAGAGGUUUGGUACCUAAUACAGAUGGUCAGACUUUUCAGAUUGCAAUUUCUAGCCAGAUGAGGCAACACUAUGACAGAAUUCAUGAGACACUAACAAGGAAAAAUGGCCCUGCGAGACUCUUGAGUUCCUCAGAAAGUACUUUUGAGCAGAAUGUAAAAGCAUAUCAUACUAUGAAUAAAUUUCUUGGCUCUUUCAUCGAUCAUGUUCAUAAGGAAAUGGACUACUUUAUAAAAGAUAAAUUGCUUCUUGAAAGAAUUCUUGGAAUGGAAUUCAUGGAACCAAUGGAAAAAAGCAUCUUUUACAAUGAUGAAGGAUAUUCUUUCAGCAAUGUUCUGUAUUAUGGAAAUGAAGCUACUCUUCUUAUUUAUGAUCUGAUGUUCUUCUGUGUUGUGGAUUUGGCUUGCCAAAAUUUUGUUUUAGCAGCCUUCCUUACAUAUCUACAACAAGAGAUUUUUAGAUUUAUUCGUAAUGCAGUAGGACAGAAGAAUUUGGCAUCCAAAACACUGGUGGAUCAAAGAUUCCUGAUUUAA